AUGUCAUUAAAUCGCACUGAUGACAUGGAUAACAAUAAUUCAUGGAUUCCACUCUUCGAUCGUUUUAAUAAAACCAUACGAGCUGAAGCUGACACAUUGUUCAAGCACAUUGCUGAUAGUCAAACAAAUCUACUAAAUGAACGUAACAGUUUAUACAAGGAGAUCGAGAUAUUAAAAGAAGAAAAAGAGGAAAUGACUCGAUUACUCAAGAAAUAUGAUCAAAUCGUAACACUUAAUAUAGGUGGUCAAUUAUUCUCGACUACGAUUGAAACUCUAACCAAAGAAGAAUGUCUAUUUACAAAGAUGUUCAAUGGACGAUUUGAUCUUCGAGAACAUCAAGGUGCUACGUUUAUUGAUCGUGAUCCAACGCAUUUUAGGAUUUUACUCAAUUAUUUACGUACAAAUACAUUUAUUGAACCUAAAUCAGCUCAAGAUCGUGCUGAACUUUUGUUAGAAGCGGAAUACUAUCAGAUUACAUCGUUAAUCAAACAAUUGAAAAAUGAAACAGUAACGACUAUGAUUGUAGUAGAAAAACUUUUGUUUGAUUCCACUUUGCAUCAUCCACAAGUGGUUAUCUCGGAAGCUGGGCUCUCAGCUAAUUACGGUGGUGGAUGUACCAGGCUUUUAUAUGCAAAAGUAAAUAAUGCUAUGUGGCAAAAUGGAUGUCACUACUGGGAAAUCACUAUAGAGAAAGGACACGGUACUAUUCUUCUUGUUAUUGUAUGA